AUGGAUCGGAAGCACGCCGGUGAGAUAACGAGAGUUGACCCGCGACACGACGACACAAAUCCGAAUGAGUCGACACGCCGCCGGGAAAGAAGGCUGUUGAUCAAGGUAGAUCUCUGCGUCCUACCCACAGUCAUUUUGCUCUACCUUAUGUGUUUCAUUGAUCGUACAAACAUUGGUAAUGCCCGUCUCGCUGGUUUAGAAAAGGAUCUCAAGCUUGAAGGCUACGACUACAACGUCCUAUUGUCUGUGUUUUAUGUGUCUUAUAUCGUCUUCGAGAUACCAGCGGCGCUCUGCUGCAAGUUGAUUGGUCCCGGUUGGUUCCUGCCACUCACCUCGCUCGGCUUUGGCGCUAUGUCCUUAGCGACAGCCUUCGUACAAACCCGCGCGCAGGCAUGUGCUGUUCGAUUCCUACUGGGUGUCUUCGAGACUGGCGUAAUGCCUGGAUGUGCUUACUACCUCUCACGAUGGUAUAAGAGGUCUGAGUUGACGUUUCGGCUUGGGCUAUGGAUAAGCAUGGCUCCACUCUCUGGAGCUUUUGGUGGCCUGAUCGCUUCGGCUAUCCUCAAGUUGAACUCUGUCGGUUCGCUCCACGGUUGGCAAAUGAUCUUUGCCGUCGAAGGCAUCGUUACCAUUGCUCUUGCUUUGGUGGCCUUUGUCACACUGACCGACCGUCCAGAAACCGCACGCUGGAUGACCGAAGAAGAAGUGCGAAUAAUAAUCGACAGGGUCAGGUCCGAGCGUCUCGGUCAGGCUGAACUGCUCGAUAGCAUCGAUACCUCGAGGCUUAAGCGCGGCUUCUCCAAUCCCGUCACGCUUGCAAUAUCGAUAAUCUUUCUGCUGGACAGUAUCACUGUCUUAGCUAUUUCGUUCUUCUUGCCAACCAUCAUUCGCACCAUCUAUCCGGGUCGGACUGUCGUCCAACAACAACUCUUGACGGUUCCGCCGUACAUUGUCGGUGUGGUUUGCACUAUCCUGAUCACAGCUGUAAGCUGGCGAAUGAACUUCCGUCAGACGCUGAUUGCACUUACGGGGUUAUUUGUGGCUGCUGGGUACGCGAUCUUCCUCGCGACCAUGAACGCGAGUGUGCGGUACGCGGCUGUUUUCCUUUGCGCGUCAACUUGUUUCUCGUUGGGCGCAAUGACGAACGCUCAAGUUAGCGCAAACGUGCUAUCCGACUCCGCACGAAGCAUUGCAAUUGGGACAAACGUCUUCUUUGGAUACGUCGGCGCCCUUAUCGCGACUUGGACGUAUCUACCUGGUGACUCUCCCCGUUAUGCAAUUGGCAACGGUAUUAAUCUGGGUUGUGCUGUAACAUGGACCAUCCUCGCGAUUUGUACUAAGUUUUGGAUGACACAUGAUAACAAGAAGAGGGAUAAGAAGGAGGCAGAAGCGCAGAGAGAGCUCGCAUCAUUCCUGGUAAAUGAGGCGACCAACCUCGAGUGGAAGCACCCGGGCUGGCGAUGGAAGCCGUGA